AUGCACACAAAUGGAAAAAUGGAGGAAACAGCAAAGUCUUUGAUGAAUCGAUUCUGUCAAGUGCAAAAACUGUAUCGAAAAAGUUCACCUCCUCGAAACAUCUCAAAAAAGGCUGAUGGUGGUCUCUUUGAAAUGGAUGAUCACACAUAUAUGGCACUUUUAGAAUACUAUCAACAGAAGAAUGCGGCAUGGACUGAUUAUCGUGUUUUGGAAAAUGCUGAAGGGGCAAAAGUCUUAACGCCAUCUGCAACUGAAGUGCAAUCAAUGGAAGGCAUAGGUGGAGUCAAGUUUAAUAAGAAUGAAGGAAAUAAAUUGGUGGAAUAUAUGUUAAAUGGUGUCCGCACAUGGGGUAUAGUGACUCACUGCUUGAAGGUACGGCUAGAAGAUGAGGAAGAUUCUUUGGUGUGUGUCCGCAGAAUAGAGGUAAUUGAAAAUCAGGCAUUAGAUGUGGUAUUGAAGAGGAUGGGCUUGGUCCAAUUGAAAGAUAUCCGAUUACACAGGUUCAUUCCAGCUGGCUCAGUCACUGCAACCCAAUCUUACCGGAUACUGGCAGCAUGGUCGUUUGGCUAUGAAGGGCCCUCAGUUCUUGUUAAUGUGAAAGAAAACAUUGUGUCUGAGUGUCUUACACUAGAGUUGUGA